UUGCGAAUUCUAAAAAUUAUGUCAGGUGACGAAAAAAUUGUAUAUUUUUAUUGGCCACAAUGUUAUUAUUGCCAAAGAGUCACAAUUGCAUUACAUGAAAAAAAUAUUCCUUUUCAAGAACAUGUGGUUAAACUUUUAAAAUAUGAGAAUUUUGAACCUGAAUAUGUAAAAAAAAAUCCACUAUGCCUAGUUCCAGUUAUUGAAGAUCAUGAUACUCUUAUUAAUGAAUCAGAUAGGAUUAUUGAUUAUCUGGAGAAUAAAUUUUCACUAACUACAAAAUUAUAUCCUGAAAAAUCAAAUAAAAAAGAAUGGGAAGAUAUUGAAAAGUUUAAAGAUUUAAUAUCUAAUCUUCCAGUUUCUCCGAUUUUUUAUGGAUGCCAAUUAUCAUCAAAAUAUGCCAAAAAUAUAAAGAUGCACCCAGAAUUUGUUGAUAAAUAUAUAAGUACUGUUAGACAUAAAGCAGAAUACUUAAAAAGAAUGGCUGAAAUAAACCCUGAUUUAAAGGAUAUAUAUGAGAAAAAAAUGAAAAUUGCUCAAAAUUUAGAAAUUGAUAAGAUGACCUCAGAUUUAGAUACUAACAUUCAAAAAAUGAUAGAGGGAUUUAAUAUAAUUGAACAACAAUUAAUUGAAAUGGAAUCACAUAAUAAAAGUUGGCUAUGCACUGGUUUUUUUUCUGUGGCUGAUGUUUAUUUAGUAGUAUUAAUGCAUCGUAUGAAUGUUAUGGGUUUAGAAAAAAUUAUAUGGGACAAUCCUGAUAAUCCAUUGAGACAUGUUUCAGAAUACUACAAAAAGGCAUUAGAGAAAUCAUCAGUUAAGCAAAUGAUUCCUAAAUACGAGUAAUGUUAGGGGCAACUGGAGCAGAUUGAAAGAAUAUACUUAUAUUGAAACAAUCAAAAAAAUUAAUACAAACAUUAAUGUUAUAUUUAAAUAUAUUUUUGAUACUUAGAAAAUUUGUUUAUUUAUUUAUUUUUUAAGAUUAAAUUAUCAUUAUUUUGUAAUAUAUUCAUUAUUUCUUUUUAUAAUAAAUUGCAAGUUGUAACUAAUUAAAUUAGAUAUAUAUUUAAAAAAUAUACUUUUAUUAUAUUUAAAAUUUCAUGAACAGCCCUGCAAACCUUUGUUAAUUUUUCUAAAAUUGACCUUUAUGUAUAAAUUAGUUAACACUUACAAUCCAUGAUUUUCCUAUGGGGGGGGGGGUGCUAUUAGGUGAGUUUUGGGCCAUAAAUAAAAAUAAUUUUGGAUUAUUUUAAACUGUUAUUAAAUUAUACUUGUUUAUCUUUCAUAUUAUUGUUUAUAGAAAUGUAUUAUAUAUAUUUUUUAGGGGGGAGUGGGUUAUUAAUUAAAAUGAUAUCUUAAAAGAACAGGAAAAUUUUUUAUUUUGGUUGUCCCUAUUGUUCAUCUUAAUAAGCAAUAAAAACAUAAUUAUUUAUUAUAACAUGUUAUUUUCAUGUACACAAUUUCCAAAAUACUAUAUAUUAAAUUUUUAUUUUACUAUCUAAUAAUUUAA